AUUGACUGUUGGCUUUAACGGAGAAUGGAAAUAUUAAAUCGCUCGCUGGCAAUAUUAUUGCUAUGCUUUGUAGCCUUGGCACAUGGCAAGCCCGGCUACGGACCCGGUGAACAGGAUUGGGGCUACGUGGAUGUCCGUCCAGGCGCUCACAUGUUCUACUGGCUGUAUUACACCACAGCCGAUGUGGCCAGCUACAAGGAACGUCCUUUGGUCAUCUGGCUACAGGGUGGACCGGGUGCCUCAUCCACGGGAUAUGGCAACUUUGAGGAGCUGGGCCCAGUAGAUUUGUAUGGCGAUAAUCGCAAUUGGACUUGGGUGAAGGACAUGAAUGUGCUCUUCAUUGACAACCCGGUGGGCAGUGGUUACAGCUACGUGGACACUGCUGCUUAUUAUACGGCAACAAACAAGGAGAUUUCCUUGGAUCUGGUGGAACUAAUGAAAGGUUUCUAUGCAAAGCAUCCAGAAUUUGAAACUGUUCCACUGCACAUCUUCUGCGAGAGUUAUGGCGGCAAAAUGGCACCCGAGUUCGCCCUGGAACUAUACUAUGCCAAGGAACGAGGUGAGAUUAAGAGUAACUUGCAAUCGGUGGCCUUGGGUGAUCCCUGGACAUCGCCCAUUGACUCAGUUCUGGCUUGGGGUCCGUUUCUGCUGGAAAUGGGCAUUGUGGAUCACGAUGGCUACGAUGAGAUUAUGAAGGCAGCCAACCUAACUGCUGAGUUAGUGGAAGCUGAACGUUGGAUACAGUCCACCGCUCAGUGGGGCAUGACCCAGAUGGAGGUAAUGAAGGCCUCCAAGGGAGUCGAUUUUUACAAUGUGCUGAAGCAGACGCGCGGAGAUCGGUUCUCCAGGCAGCUGUUGCAGACACCCGAGGAGCGAAUAUACCGCACUAUGGUCAAGUUCGAUAUCGACGAGGAUCGUGAUCAGCUGCUAGAGAAUCUGAUGCGUGGACCUGUCGCUGAAACCUUGGGCAUACCACUCAAUGUCAAAUGGGGUUCGCAGAGUGGCAGCACCUUUGAUGUACAUCGGACGGACUUUAUGAAGCCCGUAAUACAUAUUGUAAAUGAGCUGCUGGAUAAGACACCGCUGAAAGUUGGCGUCUUCUCGGGUGGCUUGGAUCUGAUCUGUGCCACACCCGGCACCGUCAACUGGAUUGACAAGUUGAACUGGAGCAAAAGAGACGAGUAUUUGGCUGCAAAACGCAUUGCAAUCAGUGUCGAUCGCAUUCUGGAGGGUUAUCAAAAGUCAGGCGGCAACUUUAACAUGUACUGGAUCAAUAGAUCGGGUCACAUGGCGCCCGCCGAUAAUCCAGCUGCCAUUGGUCAUGUCCUGCGUGAAUUUACUGGCUUUGGCUAGAGUGAAAAUGCAAUAUAAAUAUAAAUAAAAAUGAAAGAAAAAACCGAUAAGCGAACACAA